AGCUGCAUUUAAACACGCCCCUUCCAAACGCUUGUUGAAUAGAAAUGACAAGGAAACAUGCCAACCGCUGAAGACGAAUCUCAUGCAUCGUUAUAACCGCGCGCAGGCUCAUUCUUUCGCGUUAUUAUGCCGUCUGAGCGCCACUCCAUCGCGGUGCAUGCUGUGGAUCUGAACGGAGCCACGGGGAAAGCCGCUUGGGAGCGAGCCAAAAAUUACAACUGAAAGAAGAAACCCAACCCUGCUUCGAUUACGCACCGAGAGAGGGAGCACGCUGAAUGUGACAGCCUGUAGUCAGGGGCACUUCAACAACUCAUCUGCGAGGCUGAGAUCGACCGUGUACGCUACUUUAUCCGUGUUCUGGUGUGUGCACCUUCAAAGGAUGUAGACGUCGGCCUGCUAUACUUCGCUUUGGCAUGCUCGCUUUAACAACGCGUUUUUUGAAUAGGCAAUGCCUUCCCUACGUGUUUUGUGGCGCAAACUACGAAAACCAUGCGCUUAUCUUAGUGAUUCGUCCUCUUGCUUAGGUAUACGUGUGUUAAUAGUUUAAAAUGCCUAGGUUUUGAUAAAUACACACACAUAUAUAUAUAUAUAUAUUUUUUACGGACGGAAAAUAUCAAAUUCGGCUGGGAGGAGCAACUCUAUCUACACUUCGGCUUCCACGACAAUAUCCAAGUGGGUUUUUGAUGGAGCUGGAGAACAUUGUUGCAAACACGGUACUCCUGAAGGCCAGAGAGGGUGGAGGAGGAAAACGAAAAGGAAGGAGUAAAAAAUGGAGGGAGAUCCUCCGCUUCCCUCAUAUCAGUCAGUGCACAGAUUUGAGCAAAACCAUCGAGCCAGAUUACUUCAGCCUGUGUGAGAAGCAGCCCAUCGGGAGACUUCUGUUUCGCCUCUACUGUGAGACCAGACCAGAGUUGCAGCGAUGCAUACAACUUCUAGAUGCUAUGGAAGACUACGAGGUGACGCCAGAUGAGAAGAGAAAGAGUCAAGGAGAUGAGAUCAUCAAGAAGUUUCUCACCAAGCAGUCCCCUGAGUGUGUGGAUGUAGCCGAGGGUCUUGCUGAGAGCUGCAGAGAGAAUCUAGAACUGAGUCCCUGCAAAGAGAUCUUCAGUGACUGUCGCAAAGCUCUUCAUGACUACUUGAGUGGUGCUCCCUUCAUUGACUAUCAGAACAGCAUGUACUUUGACCGCUUCCUCCAGUGGAAGAUGCUAGAAAGACAGCCCAUCACAAAAGACACAUUUCGCCAAUAUAGAGUUCUGGGGAAAGGAGGCUUUGGGGAGGUGUGUGCGUGCCAGGUGAGAGCCACAGGUAAAAUGUAUGCCUGUAAAAAGCUGGAGAAGAAAAGGAUAAAGAAGAGGAAGGGCGAGGCCAUGGCCCUCAAUGAGAAACAGAUUCUUGAGAAGGUCAACAGCAGGUUUGUGGUGAGUUUAGCAUAUGCCUAUGAGACCAAAGAUGCCCUGUGUUUGGUACUGACCAUAAUGAACGGUGGGGAUCUGAAGUUUCACAUCUAUAACAUGGGAACUCCAGGCUUUGAGAAGGAGCGUGUGCAGUUCUACGGCGCUGAGAUCUGCUGCGGUCUAGAUCAUCUGCAUCAAGAGUCUAUCGUCUACAGGGAUUUAAAACCAGAGAAUAUACUCUUAGAUGACAAUGGUCAUAUCCGGAUUUCAGACCUGGGGCUGGCCAUUAAAGUGCCUGAUGGAGAGCAGAUCCGGGGCCGAGUGGGGACAGUGGGCUACAUGGCUCCAGAGGUGAUUAAUAACGAGCUGUAUAGCAUGAGUCCGGACUGGUGGGGGUUGGGUUGUCUGAUCUAUGAGAUGACCGCCGGGCGAUCGCCUUUCCGUGCUCGCAAAGAGCGAGUGAAGAGGGAGGAGGUGGAGAAGAGGGUGCAGGACGAAGAAGAAGAGUACAGUGACAAGUUUUCAGAAGACACCAAAGCCAUCUGCAGGAUGCUGUUAGCUAAAGAUCCUAAGCAGAGGCUUGGCUGCCAGGCGGACGGAGCUGCCGGAGUCAAAGCCCAUCCCUUCUUCAAGAACAUCAACUUCAAGAGAUUAGAGGCCGGCAUUCUGGAACCUUCCUUUGUGCCUGAUCCCAGAGCGGUCUACUGUAAAGACGUUCUGGACAUUGAGCAGUUCUCCACCGUUAAGGGUGUCAACCUGGACCAAACAGACAAUGAUUUCUACUCCAAGUUUGCCACUGGCAGUGUCUCCAUCCCAUGGCAGAACGAGAUGAUCGAGACGGAGUGCUUUAGCGACCUUAACGUAUUUGGGCCUCAGGGGUCACGACCCCCUGACCUGGACUGGAACCAGCCUCCCGAGCCGCCCCGCCGCAGCCUGCUGGACAGGAUCUUUAGGAGACAUGUGAGGAUCUCCUCCACUUCCACUACAGAGGAACACCCCAGAGAACACAAUAGUUAACUACAGACCAGCAUCCAGAGGUGACCAUCGCUCACAGCCUGGUCUUGUCUUCCAGCGUCAACUCUGUUGACUCCAUGUCAAACUCUGCCCCCUAGUGGACAGACAGCUGCAGGACUACAGGGAACAAAAACAAGCGAGCGAUAAAGAGAAAGGAAAAAAAACGAGAGUAAGGAACUUCUGCCCUUUAAAGGCUGCUCUUUAGAACAUGGAAGAGUCUGUUUUCCUCACCUUGGCCCGCACUAACCAUCUACGGCCUGCAGAGAAGACAGGAGACCAAACAAACUCCCGUUAAGAGACGAAAAGACCUUUAUUUAUCCAAUUUGUGACCGAAAGGAGGACUUGUAUUCCUUCACCUCAUGCUCCCUCAGGAUUGCUGGACCAGUAAAGAGCCACUGACAGUGACAGAAUAUUAACUCAUAUUAUUCAGGGGAUUUUAUCAGCAAAGAAGAGGCCUCAACAGGGAACGGGAAGGGGGCUUUUUAAAUUUUGAUUGUUUUGCGAAGGAAAGAUAAUAUAGUGAACUUAAGACACUCUUCACAAACACACACACACACACACACUUUUUUUCAUUCAUCCCUGUCAUAAUACCUACCAUUUUUUUUUUUUUUCAUUCUGUCUACACAUAACACCUUCAACCUCAAUACUCUCAGGCCAAAGAUAUAGCUUAUUAAAGGAAAACAUGUAUUUGAAUAACCAUUGCCAUAUUUUGUUCCAGCGAGUGACGUAAGGCCUAAAAGCACAAGAAGAAUCCGAGUUUUGUUAAGCUGGAUGUCUUUCCCUCCUAUUUCAUUUGCAUAUUAUGUGAAAUCACUCAAAAAUAAACUGAAUUUACCAGUUUUGGCCAAUUCACAAAGUUGCGCAACGGACAAAGGAAUAUUCUGGGUUCAAUACAAGUUAAGCUCAAUCAACAGCAUUUGUGGCAUAAUAUUGAUUAUCACAAAAAUGUAUUACAACUUGCAUGGUUUUAGGCAGUCAACCAGCAGAUACAUAGCCAAUCACAGUACAACAUAUCGGGUCAGGGAGUCCUUCUCAUCUUAUCACUUAAAUAUUUGCUUCCGAACGUACAUUAACAGACUAUUUCACCAGAUUAAAAAAAAAUACUUAUUUAAAUAGAAAUGACUAAAAUGAUUGGUCGCUUAACAUUUUGUAGGCAAUUUUGGGUUGAAUUUGAGUAAACCAGAAUAACAUAAAUUUUCACAACUCAGCAGCUGUUUUCUAUUAUUUAUACAGAUUCCUACUGGUAGGAGGAGAUUUUCAGAGAUUCUCAGAAAAAGUUCCCCAACUUUCAUUGUACUCUCUACAUUAGUAUCCUUUUAAAAUGAGGUUUUCAGUUGUAAAGACAUGGACAUCCAGAAUGCACAGGCCUAAAUAUACAUUGGUAUGCCCUGCAUAAAGAAUAUGUGGAACUUUGUUAGGUUAAUGUUUCUUUAAUAAAUGGGUAGAUUAUCAGUAACCUAGAGCAACUCGAAAAAGAAAAGGAUAUUUGCCUGUCAUAAUAUAAUUGUGUCUCAACCUUUCAUGCCAUGCAAGAGUUGGUAAGCUUGCAUUUACAAGGUUUUUAUAUGCCUCAAAGUUCAUUAAUUCAACUUAAAUAACAAAUCAAGUGUAUUAUCAUGGUGGCUUGAAAUUAUUUCACAAAUAUGUACGCUAAGUGCCAUGUCAUCCAAUCAUUACGUUUAUCAGUUAUGCCAUUUAAGGAAUAGUUCACCCAAAAAUGAAAAUUCUCUCAUCAUUUACUCACCCGCAUGCCAUCCUAGAGUUGAAUGACUAUUUUUGUUUUGCUGCACACAAACAAAGAUUUUUAGAAGAAUAUCUCAGUUCUGUAGGUCCACACAAUGCAAGUGAAUGGGUACCAACAUUUUGAAGGUCCAAAAAGUACAUAAAUGCAUUGUAAAAGCAAUCGAUACGACUCCAGUGGUUAAAUCCAUAUCUUCUAAAACUAUAUGAUAGGUGUGGGUGAGUAACAGAUCAAUAUUGAAGUAAUUUUUUACCAAAAAUUAUCCUCCCUGCCCAGUAGGUGGCGAUAGGCUUGAAGCAUGCAAAUUACCAAAAACAAAAAAAGAAUAUGAAAGUGACAGUGGAGAUUUAUUGUAAAAAAAUGUCUUAAAUAUUGAUCUGUUUCUCACCCACACCUAUCAUAUCGCUUCUGAAGACAUGGAUUAAACCACUGGAGUCAUAUGGAUUACUUUUAUGCUGCGUUUUGUUCUUUUUGGAGCUUUAAAAUUCUGGCCACCAUUCACUUGCACUGUAUGGACUUACAGAGCUGAAAUAUUCUUCUAAAAUCUUUGUGUUCAGCAGAAGAAAGAAAGUCAUACACAUCUGGGAUGGGAGUGAGGGUGAGUAAAUGAUGAAAGAAUUUUCAUUUUUGGGUGAACUAUCCCUUUAAAAUUCCAUGCCAGAAAUGUUCUCUGAAGGUUUUACUGUGAUGUCAAUGUCCAAACAUAGUGUGUGUUAAAACAUUUCACUUUAUUUCUCAUUUGGACCGUGUGUAAUAACUGAUUAUUGCACUGUAUUAUGAUAUUACAACAUGUUUCAUAAAUUGCACAGCACAUUGCAUUGUAAAUUCAAUAGUCAUUAAGUGGGACCAAUGUGUCUGCUGUGACUCUGUGCAGUCACAGUUGCUUUAUGGAGGUAAAGACUGACUGCUCACAUGUAGGUGGGUUAAUUCUGUGUAGUUAGCUGUGGUGAGGCUUUAAUUGCCACAUUGGGGUAUGUUGUGUGAUGAUUUGUGGUCAGUUUCAAACUAAAUUCAGAAUUGAUAGAGUCAGAAAUGAUUCAUGCAAAUACAUUUCCCUUUUACAAAUUGUGGCCAAUGUUGACCGUUUUUGUCCUUACGAUUACAGGGAAUAUUCCUCACUUUUGCCACUUUGUCAAGUAUCUGAUUUGGGGAAACCUCUUAACCCGGUUGGUCAGUUGUUACAAAGAUUGAUUAGUUUGAUACUUUGACAAUUUAGGCAAACUUCCCCCUAUGUAUGCAGAGGAAAAACUGUGCAUAUUAUUUCUUUAUGGUGCAUUGAUGGUUUAGUAAGUGUUUAUAGCACUCUAUACCUUAAAAAAUGUAAACUGAUAUUUUAUGCUAUAUUGGGAAAUAAUUGUUGAUGUGAUCCCUAUUGAAUUUAAAGCGUGAAAAGGUAAAGGAAAGGUAUACCAUUUUUUAUAUAUAAAGUCAACAUACUCCUAUUCUAAGUGUCCUAACUGGACGAGGAUGUUUAGUGACAGCCAAUGCCCAAUGAGCUGCUGUAAACUAGCAUUAUUUGUAUAAUAAUGGAAGAUUGUUAGGUCUGAAAUGAAAUUGUUGACCUAAUGGCCUUCUCUUAACUGCAGCACUGCAUUUCUUCCAAGCCUCUUUCAUUUCAAGGGAAAUGUAACAUGCAACAGCUGUGAAGUUUGAAAAAGAUGGUGAACUUGUCCUUAGACUGAGAGUGAACAUGUUGCUUAUGUAUACUUCCUGAAAUUUCUCCAUACAACAAUGUGAGAAAUGACUUUGUGGUGACAGAAAUGUAAUGGUUGCAUAAAAGGGAACUCACCUUUAAAACAGUGACCAAACGAAAAGGGAAUUGGAGUGGUAUUUAUUUUGAGAUUCAAAUCUGGUAUUUGUCGCUAAAGGGAAAAUCAGUUUUUGAAACUGAGGACAUGGGUCCUGUUGGAUUCACUUUUUUUAUGUACAGUUCUUGAAGAGUUUUAACUACAUUCUGGGGAAAAAAACAAAAAAACAAUGAAGUGCCUCCUUUUUAGUAGUCUAGUCCAGGUUAUUGCCCAUGAUACGGUUUGCACUGGUGUGUCACUUCAGUCAUUCACACGAUGCAAACAUGCACACACAUUUUAAAGAGAGGUGUUGUACUACGCUGAUUGCAUGUGAAGCCAAACCUGACAAAGUACUUCUGAAUAAAACCUGUGCUGGCCUACACAUAACAGUGUAGUUCUUUUAAAAAUGUCAGUGUGUUUGUAUUUUUCAAGGUUCCAACAGUCAUGGAAAACGUGAAAAUGUUAAGGAAUUUAAAAUUGUGAUUUCAAGGCUGAUAAAAGCAAUGGAAAUGAAGAAAAUUCUGUAGUGAAUAUAUUGUUUUCUAGUCACACUUAGCUAUAAAAUAUUCUGUCGGCUAGAAAUUGGUCUUUGUGAGUGCAACCUCUGUAAAUGAGUUUCAAAAAUUCCAGUGAUUACAAGCAAACUGGAAAAAGUACAAAAUUCUAAGUAAAAAAUAAUAAUACAUGGAAAUGUAUUGGUCAACAGGUGUGUUAACCCUGUGUUUUGCAUUACAUAUUAUAACAUUCAGUACAUGAGUACCAUGAGUGUUAAAUGAACACAAAUAUUGAAAUAGUAUGGGAAUAGAAAAAGUGAAGUA